AACUGAUUAAACAAAUUGCACGAACACCAGAAGCACAUUUUUUCACCCAAGAUGAUCACACGCGCUUGAGGGUGAAUGUGCAAGAAGGUUUCCUCUAGUGCUCGGCGAGAGCAGCCCGGUGACAGAAUGGCAUGGCCGGGGUGUUAAAAGAAAUUGCAGGUGUUUUGCGAGAAAGAAAAGCAUGGACUACAGCUUAGCGGCAUUGAAGCUGUUCUGCGGCCAGCUGAGGUCUGCCCGCCAGGACAACUCCACCUCUUCCUCUGCUAAUGUCCUUCUCGGAAUCCUCUUUCAGCGCGCUUGGUUGCAGGGUGUUUUGAUUUCAGGAUCUGAGGAAGGGCGAUUCCUUCUUGAUGAUGGCACCGGCGUUGUAGAGCUUUCUCUUUCAUCUGAAUUUCAACCUCAGGAUUGGAAGAUCGGAUUGUAUGUGAUGGUUGUUGGGAUAUACAACGCUUUGCCUGUUGGUGGUCUUCCAUUGAUCAAGGUUCACAAGAUAGUUGAUCUUUCAGCCUGCCCGGACAGAGAGGCAAUGUGGCAACUUGAAGUUAUUGAGGCUUAUAAAUUGUUCUAUUUGCCAUCUGUUGUGUGACUUUCUUGUUUGAUAUGCGACUUUUCUCAA